AUGCUAGGAAGUAGUAGCACGGGUAACAGUCCCACUGCGUUGCAAUCGAGAUCUCGUCAGACUUGGCCGGAUCGGCCAACGGCUGACUUUCUAGUUGGACUUUUCUUGCAAGAGAUCAAUGAGAUAUACCAGCUGAUCCACCCGCCCUCCUUCCAAUCAACCUAUAAUUUAUGGUGGGCGGCACAAGAACGCAAUGAUAGUUCAGGAGAAGCCAUAUCCGACGACGACUUGAGUUUCGGCAUUCUUGUACUUCGGAUCUGUCUCCUUGGCAUCCAAAACCUUCCACAUUCACAAUAUCCGACCACUGGUGCAUUGAGCACGCAUCUAGACCACUUGGAAUAUUGGUUUAACAACCUAGCGGAUGAGCUAGAGAAGCUCCUGCCAUUGGAGAAGAAACCUUCGCUGGUGACGGUACAGCACCGAUUUCUACAUGUUUGCUAUCUCAAAAAUUAUGCCAAAAUUCGACAGAGCUGGGCCAUUCUCAGUACCGCCGUCAAGGAUGCACAUGAGUUAGGGCUGCAUUUAAAGGAUCCGGGUCUGCCUCUGAGUGACCUCGAGAUGGAACUUCGAAGGCGAACCUUUUGGAACCUUUAUGUUUGCGAUCGAUUCAUGUAUACAUUUUUCGGACAUUGGCCACUGAUCCCCGAAGGCUAUUUCGAUCUCGACCCUCCUCAUGACAAUCUUGACACGCUCACUACCACGUCCUCCUAUACCCUGACUCGAUUUACCGAUCGCGUCUUCCAUAUCAAAUUAGCGCGGUUUUCAACCGCAUUCUUGAGCCCACCGUCGUGGAAAAGCGACCAAUUUAAUGCGUCCACUGUCGCAGAUUUCGCCCAGCGUUUCCAAGAAGUCAUUGUGGACCAAUUGCCACCCCCCUACUGGCUCGAGACUCCAGAUACCUCCAUGGAUGUCGUCGAACCCACCCUUGCCCGCAAGCGCGAGUGGCUCUAUUUGCUCCUCUGGUCCACCAAGGCCACUCUCUACCGCGGCUUCGCCGACCCCUGUAACCAGCUCCAUCGUGAAACCAAGACCCCCCAGCAGCAUGGUACGGAUCUGUUGACCCUCUCGCACCGCCGAUCUCUCAUGGCGACAACAUGCAAAGUCAUUGCGGCCAUCACCCGUUUGUACGACUUGAUAGGCGACGAAGAGGGAGGCGCCGUGGAGCGACUCUUUUUGCUGCCUGUGUGGCUGGUGGAUGCCCUCGCAGGCCUCGGGGUGUGUCUUCUUUCAAUCCAGGCCGACGAGCGGCGACUCGCGGUGGAAGGGAUGCACCUCAGUCCAGAUGCAGAGCUGCGACACAGCUUCACCACUUUUUUUGAGGCCUAUAGUUUGCUCGGGCGGCAGGCCCCGCAGUAUGGACUUGCGAAACGGGGCCUCAGAGUGUUGGAAGGGCUCCACGGCACCUUGCACGCCUUACUCAGUAGCCCAGACUUACUAGCCAGCGGGGCCCAGCAGCCGUUUGGGGCGGGUUCUACGAGCGCGCCUAGCUUCGGCUUGGAACAUACCCUGAUGUCGCUGCAUGGUCGAAGUGGAGAAGACUUCCAUGGCCGCACGGUGUUUCCCCCCCGGAGUGGCUCGCAAGCUUUCUCGAAUCACCCAGUCGAUCCUGGCUAUUCCAGGAUGGGGCGGUUUUUAGAAAUCUGCUGGCAUAGGAGGUUGGUGAAACUAAAAUUGAUGAGGUUGGUAAGAACGGUACAUGUGAGAAGAGGCCGUUGA